UCCCCGGCGGCUCCCGCCCCCUGCCACGCGCCGGACCACUGGGAGCGGGCGAGGGAGGAAGGCGGGAGAAUGCGAACCCCUCGCAGCGCCUCCAGCCGCGCCUUAUAAGGGCAGGGCCUCGCGCAUGCGCGUAGCCUAGCGCCCAGGGGCGGGGGCUCCAAGUGGGUUUCGCAGCGGCGGCGGCGGCGCCGGGGCGGGAAGGGGCGCGGGGACCCGGCGGUGGCGGCGGCGGCCGGGGCCGGGGCCGAGGCGCGCUCCCUGUCGCUGCGGGCGGCGGCGGCCGCGGGAACGGAGCGGGGCGGGGCGGGGGUCGCUCCGGGCCCGCGGGGUGGGCGGCGCGGCGCGGUGCAUGUGCUGCGGGCGCGGGGGGAUGAUGCUGGCGGGGCCGCAGCUGGUGGCGGGGCCGGCGGCGCCCGGCGGGGAGCGGGCCCGGCUGCUCUCGCUGUACGUGCAGGACUACCUGGAGUGCGUGGAGUCGCUGCCGCUGGACAUCCAGCGCAACGUGUCGCUGCUGCGGGAGAUGGACACGCAGUGUCAAGAAGCAUUAAAAGAAAUAGAUGAUGUCUAUGAAAAAUACAAGUCAGAAAAUGAUCCUGUUCAGAAGAAACGCUUGCAGCAGCAUCUUCAGCGUGCAUUAAUCAACAGCCAAGAACUUGGAGAUGAAAAAAUUCAAAUAGUUACUCAGAUGCUAGAACUGGUAGAGAAUAGAGCGCGGCAAAUGGAAACACACUCUCAGUGUUUUCAAGAUCUGUCUGAGAACGAAAAGCCUCUAGAAAAGGCAAAGAUGGAAUCCUGCCAACCAGAGAGAUCUUCACGUCGACCCCGUCGCCAGCGAACCAGUGAAAGCCGCGAUCUGUGCCAUAUAGCAAAUGGUAUUGAUGACUGCGAUGAGCCACCUAAAGAAAAAAGAUCCAAAUCUUCCAAGAAGAAAAAACGCUCCAAAGCCAAACAAGAGAGGGAAGUUUCACCUGUAGAAUUUGCAAUUGAUCCCAAUGAACCAACUUACUGCUUAUGUAACCAAGUGUCUUAUGGCGAAAUGAUAGGAUGUGAUAAUGAACAGUGUCCUAUUGAGUGGUUUCACUUCUCAUGUGUUGGACUCACCUACAAACCAAAGGGGAAAUGGUAUUGCCCCAAGUGCAGAGGAGAUAAUGAGAAAACUAUGGACAAAUGUACUGACAAAUCAAAAAAGGAUAGAAGAUCGAGGUAGUGAACGCAAUUCAUGUUUUAAAGAGUUGCUCCUUUUAUAUUAAAAUGUUUAAUUUCCAGAGAACGCUGUUUUAGGAAAUGCAUAAGACUAUGCAAUAAUUUUUAAUCUAUAAUAUUAAUGGAGUAUUAAAAGCUGUCAUACCUUCUGUGAUCUUUAACUUUCUGCACUGAAUAACCACAUAGUUGAGACAGGGUGGCUUCAGACCUUCACAGAAGACAUUACAAGCAUAUGGCUCUUGGUUUCAAUUUAACCCCAUUAGUAUUUUAAAAAACCUUGUGGGUCUUGAAAUAGUGGUGAUGGGAAAGAUACUGAAGAACUUUUCAUGUCAUGGGAAUUUCAUUGAGUUCCUCUGAAGCACCUCACAUAACUUAGAAUCUUAACAACUGAAUUUGUUUGGUAUCCCAGGUCUUAAAAGUUUUUGGCUUUUGUGUUAACAUCACAUAUUUGGAAUUAGGGUUUUUGAAUUCAGCCAUAACUGCACGUAAAAGUCUUCCGAGCUAAAGGCAGACCUCUUCAGUGACUUUCAUAUGACCAAUAUGUUAUUUCAAGGAAGAAAAUACCACUAACUUAUGCUUUUUAUGUCAAUAUUAAACUCUUGUCUUGGUGACUUUA